AUGCUCUUCACAUCAUCCCUCCGAAAAGCGGUCGAAAACUAUCCGACGCCACCCGGCGGUCAAUCAUCUGAAGACGCGCAUCGACAACUUCUCGAACGACGUCGCAAACAGAUGCUUCGACGUCACACGUGUAGUACACUCAUCAAACCGGAGACCUCGUCGUCCUCUCCGCAUAAGAGAGCGGCGCAACCGAUUUUGAUGGAAGAGGAAGAAGAACGACACCAUCAUCAUCAGAGUUCUCAUCAUAGCAAAGAAAAAGUUUUCGGGUCGAAAUUGGGCGGAGGGAAACAUGUCGCCCCGCCCCCACUUCCAGCCGCGGCUCCAUCCAGCUUCGUUCCACCACCACCUGCACGCAACUUUGACGAUUGGGGAGCCACUGACAACGUGCCGCCCGUCUACAGUACCUCAUCAUCUCAUCAUCAUCAAGCGACGUCUCUCCCUGAAGUGCCGAGAUCUUCUGCAGCGUACCCAACGGCUGCGUCACAGAAUGAUGAUUUCGAUGAUGAGUGGACUGAUGAGGAUGAUGAGCAGACUUUACGGCCUCCCACUGCGAAAAAGAACUGCAAGAAACGUGAAGCCGAUUUUUUCACGUUUUAA